CUCCCUCCCUCCUGUCACAGGCACAAGCUCAAGGGUGCCUCGCGCACACUCAAGCACAGCACACAUGCAUACGGGGGAUAUCAGAUUCAAUGUGCAAUGACACAGUGAGGACAUAGAGUUGGAAAGAGGGGAAGGAAGGGGAGCAGAAGCGCAGGCGCUGUAGCCCUCCGCCUCGUCUUGGUGCUGCGGAUCGAGCCUGCAAAGAACAAGAGCCGUGGAAUCGGGCGAAUCAAUUUAGGAAGGAGAGCAGGAGAGACUGAUAUAGCUCGGCUGAAACAAGCGGGGACGAAGGAGGAGCGCGCAAAGACAUUUUUUUGGGUUGUUUUGGCGUAGAAAUAUUAAGACGCCAGCAGUAGAUUCAGUGGUGACAACAACUCUCUUCCCCCCUAAUUCAGCAUAAUUGCAAAAGCAUAAGGUUGACUAAAUUAUAAAUCCUGGAAGUUUAUAUCAAGUAUGGUCAAAGUGAUCUAAGGUUUCACUGCUGCAAAUCAUCAAAAUCCAAAUUUCCCCCCCUUUUUUUGUAAAGUUUGUGGCUAGACACAGCUGAGAAGAGUAAUGACAUUUAGAAUCAUGAUAAGCUCCUAAAUACACCUUUUUUGGAGGUGACUUAUCAACAUCAUAGCAAUAGGGGUGGGUCAUGACUCAUCUGCCAUGCGUGUUGUCAUGGUGACCAGCCCCUGCACCCCUUCCCCCCUCCUCUGGUUGGUCCAGAUUUUGUUGUGGUUUCACAACCAUGGACCUCACCUGAUAGAGGCAGCACCCCCAUGCCCCAACCCUUGUACCUGCUCCAACCAGGCGAGCCGUGUCAUCUGUACAAGAAAGAACUUAGAUCAAAUCCCUGACAGUAUUUCAGAAAACACAAGAUACCUCAAUCUACAGGAGAACUCCAUUCAGGUGAUCAAGUCAGACACCUUUAAACAUUUGAGGCACCUGGAAAUUCUCCAGCUUUCUAAGAACCACAUCCGACAGAUUGAGGUGGGAGCUUUCAAUGGUCUCCCAAACCUCAAUACUUUGGAGCUUUUUGACAACCGUCUCACAGUGGUACCAUCUCAAGCCUUUGAGUACCUCAGCAAGCUAAGGGAAUUAUGGCUUCGAAACAACCCUAUAGAGACGCUGGGGGCCUUUGCCUUUCACAGAGUUCCUUCUUUACGGCGUCUAGAUCUUGGGGAGCUCAGGAAGUUGGAUUUCAUCUCAGAAGCUGCCUUUGAAGGUCUUGUGAAUUUACGUUUCCUAAACCUUGGCAUGUGUGGCUUAAAGGACAUUCCUAACCUUACUCCACUGGUUAAACUGGAGGAAUUGGAGCUGUCAGGGAACCAGUUGGGAAUUGUCCGACCCGGAUCUUUCCAGGGUCUGGUUUCUCUUCGCAAAUUGUGGCUAAUGCACUCCAAAGUGUCAGUCAUUGAACGCAAUGCUUUUGACGAACUCAAGAGCUUGGAAGAGCUGAACCUCUCCCACAACUCACUGCAUUCCCUUCCCCAUGACCUUUUCACCCCUUUACAUCAAUUGGAGCGGGUGCAUCUAAACCACAACCCUUGGGUUUGCAACUGUGAUGUUCUGUGGCUAAGUUGGUGGCUUAAAGAAACUGUUCCUAGCAACACCACAUGUUGCGCUCGUUGUCAUGCACCCCCAGGUCUAAAGGGCAAGUACAUUGGGGAACUAGACCAGAGCCAUUUUCCCUGCUAUGCUCCGGUGAUUGUAGAGCCGCCCACAGACCUCAAUGUCACCGAAGGCAUGGCUGCUGAACUGAAAUGUCGUACAGGAACUUCAAUGACCUCUGUGAACUGGUUCACCCCAAAUGGCACUCUGAUGACACACGGAUCAUACCGAGUUAGGAUCUCAGUGCUCCAUGACGGAACACUGAACUUUACAAAUGUGACCGUUCAGGACACUGGGCAAUACACUUGCAUGGUAACCAACUCUGCUGGAAACACUACUGCAUCUGCUGUUCUAAAUGUGUCUGCUUCUGACCCGACUUACACCUACUUCACCACGGUCACUGUAGAAACAUUAGAAACAGCAAGAGGAGAAGAGGAGAACUCAGCAAGACAGUUCAUAAAUGAGACCUUCAUAGAUUUGCCUAAUCCUACAAUUCAAAGAGGGUUAGAUGGCCGCCUGGGUGUUACCAUAUCGCCGUCCCUCUCAUCCCUUUCCUCACUGUCACCGAGAGCUAACAGAGCUACGGAAGAUGCAGUGACUGAACCUAUAAUUGCUGUAACGAACAUCCCUGGCCUUGACGAUGUGAUGAAAACAACAAAGAUUAUCAUUGGUUGUUUUGUGGCAAUUACUUUUAUGGCAGCUGUGAUGUUGGUGGUUUUCUAUAAACUCCGAAAACAACACCAACUACACAAACAUCACGGCCCAGCACGAGCCAUUGAAAUUGUGAACGUAGAGGACGAGAUUGGAGCCGGGACUGGAAGUGGAAUCUCAGGUGGUUCGACAAUUAACUCUGGCACGUGUGGAGAAGGAACCCUAAGAAUACAUCAUCCGGAAAUCGUCAACCUUCCUAACAUUGGUUGCACGGAUACCCUAAACCAUUACUACAAGGCACACCAUUUUAACAACAACGUGUUGGGUCUCAAUAUUGGCAAUGAAGGAAUGGGACCAGGUGGGAUCCACAACAAGAAUCUGCACGGCCAAGAUAACCCCAUCUCUUGCACCUCUGUUCCAAUUCCUACUACUAAUUUACUCGGCACAUCAGGCAACGGAACCAACACCAUCCCCAGCUCCAUGUCCCCACCACUGCCGAUAUCUCUCCCUGUGCCUACCAUGGGUUUACAUGGAUCGAUCAAGGGUUUCAUGGGCCAAAACCAAAAUCCUCAAAUGGAGCCCCUUCUCUUCAAGGGGAGCUCGAAGGAAAAUGUCCAAGAGACUCAGAUCUAAAAGCAAAAGUGAGUAUAGAGAGAGAGAGUGAGCGAGCGUCAAAGACAGAGAGGGAAUUGAUGUCAGGUUUUACGUGCGGAAUGGUAAGACACUAGUGUGCAUUGACAUUACAACAGGAAAGCGGAUAGACUGACAUGGCAAUACACAAACACAUAGACUUCUCUGUGACUGUGUACUGAGCCAAGGAUUACCACAAUGGCCCACUUGUGUUUGUAGUAACGACCAUGGCCUGGAGAUCAAGGAGUGGACAUUGCUAAAAUGUAUAUCUGUGCCAAAGCAAAUGUUUUUUGCAGUUUCUACAAGCUGUGUUCUCAUGAAAAAAACAGGAAAAAAAAUACACUAGCCUUUCGGAAUAAGUCAAUUCCCAAAUCAUUGUUGGCCAGAAGAGCUGAAAGACACGCACAUCACUUACCACACGGAAGAGCAGCGAUAUUGCAAAAUCCAACCCAAGAGACAUUUUUACUUCACAGAAUCUUGAGACGCAGUCUCCCUCAAGUGACUCAAUAGACUCCUUCAAGGUGAAACUUAUGUAGGCAUAAAUAGAUGGACUAAAGGUACAGUGCAGUACAACUUACUGUGAAAAAUCCACAAAUUAUAUGAAUAUAUUUUCAUCUAAAUAUGUAUCAUUGCAGACUGAUGCAGACAUAUUUUGGGAUGGAUGUAUAAGCUGGGAUAGUUUGUUUCUUUGUGAAUAAUCAGGGGGCGGUCUCACUGGAGGUUUGUUAUGAUUUAAGUUUGGCUACUUCUCAGAAACACAAGGGCUCAAUUGCAACACUCAUUGUCAAUAUUUCAAUUGGCUUUACAUGAAAUCCAUUUAGGUUCUUGAACAGUAAAUGCAACUCUCUGUUUGACAGUUUUUUGUUUAUUGUUUCAGUAACAAUAAUUACAAAACGUUUGUGUUUGAGAGUGUAUUCUAGUCUGUAAAAGUCUCAAAUUAAAAAGGCGAGAUUUCUUUGAGAUUGAUCUGACACUUAAAUGCCAGCAUCAAAAAAUGGGAUGACAUCAUUUUACAAACAAAUAAACAAACAAACAAAAAAAGGUUAUCAAGGUCAAAGACCCGCUUGGGUAAAAUAAAGUGUUGACAGUGUGUUAUUUGAAUCUGAUCAGUAGCCAGAUAUCUGCUUUCAGACAGGAAUUUGAUAUGACCUCCUUGCUAAUGGUUAUCACAGUCAGGCCAUAAAAUGCUGUCAUAAGGAUGACAGGACAUCUAUAGCAGCAUUAAAGAAGGGAUUAAACAUCCUUCUUAGGAUGAUCGAAAUGAAUAGAAAUGUACAGUAUAUUAAUAAUAAUGUCUGGUUGUAUGACAAUUGUAAGAUCCACAUUUUUACAGUGUAACUUUCAUAUGUUAAAUGCCAUUUACGCUUCUCGCGUUACAACUAUGUAUUACUUUAUUUUUGUUAGUUUGAUAUAAUGUGUACAGUUGUCUAGCCAUGUAUCAUUACGUGUGAAAUAAAUCAAUCAUUUAACGGAUUGUGGGCGAUCAAUAUGGCAACCACACAAGUAGAAAGUGAGACAUUACGCAGUCCGCCGAGCUAAACCUGGGUUGGUUGUUUGGUUUGUGGUUCAGGCUGUAGUCACACUGACGAUUAUGGUUUUGUUGUGAUGUUCUUACAGGUUUUUAGUCAUUCUUCUAAAAAUGGCUAACAAACACCACCAACUUUGGAAGAAAAUACGUGUUUUUAUGAGCUUAGUGUUAAUGGAGGUGCUUUAGUGUGAAAUUAGUCAGUAUGUUUGUCCCAUGGGGAAACUAUUUUAAGUGGAAUGAAGCAAGUUUGAACCGAAAAGGUAUGAUUAAGAACUGCUGAUGUGAUGGAUAAAGGGCAGAUUUUAGUUGUAUUUAUUGAAUCUAAAAUGUUUGUUGCAAUUGAGCUCAAAUGGGGCAUUUGAGCAUGAACUGCAGAAGGACUUUUGCGGGUUUAGCUUGUUUGCACCUCUCCAUCAGGCAUAGUGUUUAUAGCAAACAUAUUUAGGCUAAAUCAUACUUGAUGGGCUUUUUAUGCGUGAUGAUGAACCUGUCAUCAAUCAACCACAUAUAAUAGAGGAAACGACAACAAGACACAGCUACAUCAAUGAAUUAUGAAAUCAGAAAAGGUCUUGAAUAUUUCAUUUUUUCAAGAUUAUAAAAGAAACUUAUAUUCCAUGCUUUGUUUAAUGUAUAUUUUGUUGUUUGUUUGUUUACGUUAACCUAUUUUACACCUUUUAUUGUAUUGAAGUAUCAAUUUUCAGCUUUCCCUUGAAUUCUGAAUGAAAUCACGAGGCAGGGUUCAAUUGUUGCCUCAUAGAAAUGCAAAUAGAAUAUAAAUUAGGAGAUAAAACAACAUUGUGUGGCCACUGAGAGAACAUGCUAGCUUUAGCUGUUACACUUUGAACGUCUCAUCUGACAUGACUUAUCUUUUUAAUACUCCUAUUAGCAUAAAAGGGUAUUUUUAUCCUUUAUCAAGUUAUUCAAAGUUAAAUCUUAUCUUAUAACGGAUACCUCUAACCAAGCAAAUAAAUAUAUUUUUUUCUUUUUUUGAAAGCAACACACUAGUUAAAAGAAUUAUGAAACAUUAAGUUUCAAAAUUUGAUUAACCUUUUUGGACCUGUUAAACUAAGCUGUCCUAAAAAAAAACAAACAAAAAAAAAAAACAGGAGCAAUUUUUCUUUGAAAUUUCUUUGUAGCAGUAGAUAAAAAUGAUUCAACACAAAUUGUUUCCUUUCUUUUACAUUUGUUAUUUCUAUUAUUUUUUUAAUAUGAGCUUGUAUGAAGUGCCAUUAAAUGUCAUUUUCUAGCCGCACCUUCAUCCAAGUGCAGAGUGUGGUGGAGGUGUGCAUUCCUUCAGUCAUAUUAAACUCUAAAAUGUG